CAAAUUUUGGGGAUAUACAGUCACAGGAUGGGCCAUGUCGUUAAAGAGGGCGCUAGUGUUUCAGCAAAAAGGCUGUGAGCAUUGGGUGUAAGCACCGGAGCUCUGGUGUUUUGCCAGUGGAUCGCGUAGCAUGACGCGUCCGUGUAUCAUUUCCCCUACAUGCACUAUCGUAAAUCAUCCUGACAGCCAUGCUUCUACUUCUCGCCGCUUGAGAAUCAUCUGCUGCUUCACGCAAUGGGUCCAUGGAAGAGUGACCGGCGUCAUAGCAAUUCAUUCCACUUGUACAGACAACCUACCAUCUCAAUCUUCUACGAUUCCAAAGGAGUGGUUGGAAAGGGCUGUCGAAAGGACCAACUGGAAGAAGGACGUCAGCAAGAACAGCAACGAGAGGACCUUCAGCGGGAGAACACUCACAAUAGAAAGACAGCUCAACAUCGAGUCAGUCAUGAGCAAGAUCUGAAUCACCCGAAGCCUUACCACGAAAAGCCUGCCGAGACGACAAGACACGAUCUCUACAGCAGACACGAGGACAACGAGACCAUAACGAAGUUCAUGAAGAAGAGAGUCGAGCUUUGGGAGCAGCAGUCUGAUCUGGUGACAAAGCAAAGCCAACUAUUACAGCAGCAAGCCGACCUUUGCCAACUGCAAAUGGAAAUCUCACAGCAGCAAGCACAUCUUUCACAGCAGCUGUCGGAACUGACACAGCGUCAAACGGAUAUUGUCCCACGACGAAACGAGCUGGCGGCACAAAUCUCAGAGCUGUCUUUGCUCAUAGACGACGGCACAAUGAAGCAGCUCUUCUUGUACAAGUCAUGUGUAGAUGCAAAGCACAACGCACAUUCGGGUAUCGUUUCGACUACAGAGACAGCCGUGCCUGCAGUGAAAUCAACACCUCUUGCGACACUACGAUCGGCAUCGCUUACACAGCCCUCGAGAAUGAAAUCGGAACCGAAGUGGCACACCGGGCUUGACGAUGAUAGCGAUUCUUCCUGCACUUCUUUCCCAAACAGAGACAAGCGGGCUUGAUGGCCGAACAGUUUUGACCAACCGAUCAAGGUCUUUGAAUUAUUCCGGCCAUUUUGGGUGGCCUUCAAAGUUGAAUGACAUGAUUCGGAUCCGCGCGCGGUGUUUGGACUAGCUCUCAAAAUUAGAAUCCCACUAAACAAGCUUCAGAACCUUCUCCUUUGAGUUCUUGAACCUCUUUUCCCGAUUUUCCCAUUAUCCAAGCUGGCCUCUUCCAAGAUUCACCUGUAGGAUUAUAUUCAGGCGAUGUUGCAAGAUCCUGCGGAGGGUUCAUACCACACCACACCCCGAUUCUCAAUCGCUCGUACUCACAUCCCAAAAUAUGGAGAGCGGGCGCAGAAUCAAAACGCAAACAUGAAUAGCUCCUUGGCCUUGAACGGUGUACAAGAGAAGAUAUGUGCUUUGCCCCUGAUCCUCACGUCGAAUUGGGGUUGGAGUUCGGUAGCUCUGUUGUCAAGACCGACCUACCGUGAACUACGUUUGUUCCAUCUGCGCCA